CCCCUGCGAGGCUGGAGCGCAGCCGCGGGGCGAGGGAGGGGACCCCGCGAGAGGCUGCGCGCCGCCGCCGCCCCGGCGCUGAGGGUCGGAUGACAUCUUUCCCUCUCCACGGUGAUCUGCCACCAUUCUGACCAGACAGCCUUUUGGAACAAGAGGGUAGCUCGAGUUGUUUCUAAAAAGACAUUAGCGUUCCACAGUGCAUGUGCCAGGCAGUCUCAUGGGAACCUAUUUUGACUUAGUCUCAACUGGGAAGGCCCAGGUGCCAGAGAGUCAUGCCGGCGAGCCCUGGGUCCCUCCUGAUGUCCCACAAGGCCUCAGCGCUCUCAAAACCCAGGGUCAACCUGCUCCGCCCGAGAGGCGCCCCAGCCCCACCCCGGAGCCCUGUGUGCAGGGCUGCGUCCUCCCGGCCAGUUCUCCUGUAGCCGGAGGGAAGACCCACUGCCUGGAGCCUCUCCCAGCGUUCAGUUCUCAGCGCGUGGACAGGACCUGAAGCUCUCCGGGGCUCGCCCUGCCCCAUCGCCUUCCCUGCCCUCUCCAGUGGAGCAGCGUGUCCGCACAGCUCGGCCCCCGGGCCCUCAGCCUUCAGAGCACGUUCCUUCUGCGUCCUGGGUGCCUCAGGGUCUCCCUGGGCUACUGCAGUCCACCGACUUCUCCGGCAGCUGGUGCUGGGCGUGCCUUCCGGCGAGAAGAUGGCUGUGCUCAGGCAGCUGGCGCUCCUCCUCUGGAAGAACUACACCCUGCAGAAGCGGAAGGUUCUAGUGACAGUCCUGGAGCUCUUCCUGCCGUUACUGUUUUCUGGAAUCCUUAUCUGGCUCCGCUUGAAGAUUCAGUCAGAAAACGUGCCCAACGCCACCAUCUACCCUGGCCAGUCCAUCCGGGAGCUGCCCCUGUUCUUCACCUUCCCCCCACGCGGGGACACCUGGGAGCUUGCCUUCGUCCCCUCCCACAGCGACGCCGCCAGAACCAUCACGCAGACAGUGAGGAGGGAGCUAGUGAUCAACAUGAGAGUUCGUGGCUUUCCCUCCGAGAAGGACUUUGAGGACUACAUUAGGUACGAUAACCACUCUUCCAAUGUGCUGGCCGCCGUGGUGUUCGAGCACACCUUCAACCACAGCAGGGACCCCCUGCCGCUGGCGGUGAAAUAUCACCUACGGUUCAGUUACACACGGAGAAACUACAUGUGGACCCAGACGGGCUCCUUCUUCCUGAAGGAGACAGAAGGCUGGCACACCACGUCCCUUUUCCCACUUUUCCCAAACCCUGGACCGAGGGAACCAACGAACCCUGAUGGCGGAGAGCCUGGGUACAUCCGAGAAGGCUUCUUGGCCGUGCAGCACGCCGUGGACAAAGCCAUCAUGCAGUACCACGCAGACACCGCCACACACCAGCUGUUCCAGAAGCUCACAGUGAUCGCGAAGAGGUUCCCGUACCCGCCGUUCAUCUCAGACCCCUUCCUGGCCGCCAUCCAGUACCAGCUCCCGCUGCUUCUCAUGCUCAGCUUCACCUACACCUCGCUCACCAUCACGCGGGCCGUCGUGCAGGAGAAAGAGAGGAAACUGAAGGAGUACAUGCGCAUGAUGGGGCUCAGCAGCUGGCUGCACUGGAGCGCUUGGUUCCUCCUCUUCUUCCUCUUCCUCCUGGUCGCUGUCUCCUUCAUGACUCUGCUCCUCUGCGUCAAGGUGAAGAAGGACGUGGCGGUGCUGGCGAGCAGCGACCCCUCGCUGGUGCUGGCCUUCCUGGUGUGCUUUGCCGUGGCCUCCAUCUCCUUCAGCUUCAUGGUCAGCACCUUCUUCAGUAAAGCCAACAUGGCGGCGGCCGUGGGGGGCUUCCUCUACUUCCUCACGUAUAUCCCCUACUUCUUCGUUGCUCCUCGAUACAACUGGAUGACUCUAAACCAGAAGCUCUGCUCCUGUCUCCUGUCCAACGUUGCCAUGGCAAUGGGAGCCCAGCUCAUAGGAAAAUUUGAAGCAAAAGGCACGGGCAUCCAGUGGCGAGACCUCCUGAGCCCUGUCAGCGUGGACGAUGACUUCUGCUUCGGGCAGGUGCUGGGGAUGCUGCUGCUGGACUCUGUGCUCUACGGCGUGGCCACCUGGUACGUGGAGGCCGUCUUCCCAGGGCAGUUCGGCAUGCCCCAGCCCUGGUACUUCUGUGUCCUGCCCUCGUAUUGGUUCGGGACCCCAAGGACGGUCGUAGGGAAAGAGGAAGAAGACAGUGACCCUGAGAAAGUGCUUGGGACGGAGUACUUUGAAGCUGAGCCAGAGAACCUGGUGGCCGGGAUCAAGAUCAAACAUCUGUCCAAGGUGUUCAGAGUGGGGAAUAAGGACAAGGCGGCUGUCCGGGACCUGAACCUGAACCUGUACGAGGGGCAGAUAACUGUCCUGCUGGGCCACAACGGUGCUGGGAAGACCACCACCCUGUCCAUGCUCACAGGUCUGUUUCCCCCUACCAGCGGACAGGCGUACAUCAGUGGGUAUGAAAUUUCCCAAGACAUGGUCCAGAUCCGGAAGAGCUUGGGUCUGUGCCCCCAGCACGACGUCCUGUUUGACAACCUCACGGUCGCAGAACAUCUUUACUUCUACGCUCAGCUGAAAGGCUUAUCGCGCCAGAAGUGCCCUGAGGAAGUGAAGCAGAUGCUGCACAUCCUCAGUCUGGAGGACAAGUGGGACUCCCGGAGCCGGUUCCUGAGCGGGGGCAUGAAGCGCAGGCUCUCCAUCGGCAUCGCCCUCAUAGCAGGCUCCAAGGUGUUGAUGCUGGACGAGCCCACCUCAGGCAUGGAUGCCGUCUCCAGGAGGGCCAUCUGGGACCUUCUUCAGCAGCAGAAAAGUGACCGUACCAUCCUGCUGACCACCCACUUCAUGGACGAGGCCGACCUGCUGGGGGACCGCAUCGCCAUCAUGGCCAAGGGGGAGCUGCAGUGCUGUGGGUCGUCACUGUUCCUCAAGCAGAAAUAUGGUGCAGGCUACCACAUGACACUGGUGAAGGAGCCACACUGCAACCCCGAAGGCGUCUCCCAGCUGGUCUACCACCACGUGCCCAACGCCACGCUGGAAAGCAGUGCCGGGGCCGAGCUAUCCUUUAUUCUUCCCAAGGAGAGCACGCACAGGUUUGAAAGUCUUUUUGCGAAGCUGGAGAAGAAGCAGAAGGAGCUGGGCAUUGCCAGCUUCGGGGCCUCUGUCACCACCAUGGAGGAGGUCUUCCUUCGGGUUGGGAAGCUGGUGGACACCAGCAUGGACAUGCAGGCCAUCCAGCUCCCUGCCCUGCAGUACCAGCACGAGAGGCGGGCGAGCGACUGGGCAGUGGACAGCAGCCUGUGCGGGGCCAUGGACCCAACCGACGGCAUCGGCGCCCUCAUGGAGCAGGAGCGCGCCGCCGUCAAGCUCAACACGGGGCUUGCCCUGCACUGCCAGCAGUUCUGGGCCAUGUUCCUGAAGAAGGCCGCAUACAGCUGGCGGGAGUGGAAGAUGGUGGCGGCCCAGGUCCUGGUCCCAGUGACCUGUGUCACCCUGGCCCUCCUGGCCAUCAACUACUCCUCUGAGAUCUUCGACGACCCCAUCCUGAAGCUGACCUUGGGCGCAUAUGGCAGAACCGUCGUGCCCUUCUCAAUUUCUGGGACCUCCCGGCUGGAUCAGCAGCUGUCGGAGCACUUGAAGGACAUGCUGCAGGCGGAGGGGCAGGAGCCACGCGAGGUGCUGGGUGACCUGGAGGAGUUCCUGAUUUUCAGGGCCUCGGUGGAAGGGGGCGGCUUUAACGAGCGGUGCCUUGUGGCGGUGUCCUUCAGAGAUGUGGGAGAACGGACGGUCGUCACCGCCCUGUUCAACAACCAGGCAUACCACUCCCCAGCCACCGCCCUGGCCAUCGUGGACAACCUUCUCUUCAAGCUGCUGUGUGGCCCUCAGGCCUCCAUCGUUGUCUCCAACUACCCACAGCCCCGGAGCGCCCUGCAGGCUGCCAAGGACCAGUUCAAUGAGGGCCGGAAGGGCUUUGACAUCGCCCUCAACUUGCUCUUUGCCAUGGCCUUCUUGGCCAGCACGUUUUCCAUCCUGGCGGUCAGCGAGAGGACCGUGCAGGCCAAGCACGUGCAGCUUGUGAGCGGAGUCCGUGUGGCUACUUUCUGGCUCUCCGCUCUGCUGUGGGACCUCAUCUCCUUCCUCGUCCCCAGUCUGCUACUGCUGGUGGUGUUCAAAGCCUUUGACGUGCGCGCCUUCACGCGGGACGGCCACAUGGCCGACACGCUGCUGCUGCUCCUGCUGUAUGGCUGGGCCAUCAUCCCCCUCAUGUACCUGAUGAAUUUCUUCUUCUCGGGGGCAGCCACUGCCUACACGAGGCUGACCAUAUUCAACAUACUGUCGGGCAUUGCCACCUUCCUCAUGGUCACCAUCAUGCGCAUCCCAGCAGUAAAAUUAGAAGAACUUUCCAGAACCCUGGACCAUGUGUUCCUGGUGCUGCCCAACCACUGUCUGGGGAUGGCGGUCAGCAGCUUCUAUGAGAACUAUGAGACACGGAGGUACUGCACCUCCUCUGAGGUCGCUGCCCACUACUGCAAGAAGUACAACAUCGAGUACCAGGAGAACUUCUACGCCUGGAGGGCCCCGGGGGUCGGCAGGUUCGUGGCCUCCAUGGCUGCCUCAGGGUGUGCCUACCUCACCCUGCUCUUCCUCAUCGAGACCAACCUGCUGUGGAGACUAAGGACCUUCCUCUGUGCCUUCCGGAGGAGGCAGACGCUGGCAGAACUGUGCAUCCGGACGUCGGUGCUUCCUGAGGACCAAGAUGUGGCAGACGAGAGGAGCCGGGUCCUGGCCCCCAGCCUGGACUCCCUGCUCGACACGCCUCUGGUCAUCAAGGAGCUAUCUAAGGUGUAUGAGCAGCGGGUGCCCCUCCUGGCUGUGGACAAGGUCUCCCUUGCAGUCCAGAAAGGGGAGUGCUUUGGCUUGCUGGGUUUCAACGGAGCUGGGAAAACCACGACUUUCAAAAUGCUGACUGGGGAGGACAGCAUCACUUCUGGGGAUGCCUUCGUCGGGGGCCACAGCAUCAGCUCUGACAUCGGGAAGGUGCGGCAGCGCAUCGGCUACUGCCCGCAGUUUGACGCCCUGCUGGACCACAUGACCGGCCGCGAGAUGCUGGUCAUGUACGCCCGGCUCCGAGGCAUCCCUGAGCGCCACAUCGGGGCCUGUGUGGAGAACACUCUUCGGGGCCUGCUCCUGGAGCCACACGCCAACAAGCUGGUCAGGACAUACAGUGGUGGUAACAAGCGGAAGCUGAGCACCGGCAUCGCCCUGAUUGGAGAGCCUGCAGUCAUCUUCCUGGACGAGCCGUCCACCGGCAUGGACCCCGUGGCCCGGCGCCUGCUCUGGGACACUGUGGCCCGGGCUCGCGAGUCCGGCAAGGCCAUCGUCAUCACCUCCCACAGCAUGGAGGAGUGUGAAGCCUUGUGCACCCGGCUGGCCAUCAUGGUGCAGGGCCAGUUCAAGUGCCUGGGCAGCCCCCAGCACCUCAAGAGCAAGUUCGGCAGUGGCUACUCCCUGCGGGCCAAGGUGCGGAGCGAAGGGCAGCAGGAGGCGCUGCAGGAGUUCAAGGCGUUCGUGGACGUGACCUUCCCAGGCAGCGUCCUGGAAGAUGAACACCAAGGCAUGGUCCAUUACCACCUGCCGGGCCGUGACCUCAGCUGGGCAAAGGUGUUUGGCAUUCUGGAGAAAGCCAAGGAGAAGUAUGGCGUGGACGACUAUUCCGUGAGCCAGAUCUCCCUGGAGCAGGUCUUCCUGGGCUUCGCCCACCUGCAGCCGCCUGCCACGGAGGAGAGCCGAUGAGGGGCCCGCUGCUGCCUCGCGGGCCCCGUGCAGGGACAGGACGAGCCAGUGCGCAGGGUGCCUCCUCUCCCUCUGGGUUUGUCUUGUCCUUUAUUUUUAAUCACUGUUUUCUAUGAUGGAUAUGAAAAAACCAAGGUGGUGUGCACAGAAGGGACCUCCUGUCGGGAUCAGCAUGCCGACAUCCACUUCCGCAGGCAGACUGGAUUCACGUCCCCAGACUACGAGCAUGGGCAAGCCCUGGGGUCCUUGGGUGGACAGCUGUCCCAGGAAGGGACCGCGGCUGACCUGGGGGUGCACACACAGAGAGGACCCAGCGACAUGUCCGUGUUUACACAUGACACAGAACUUCUCCGGGGAGGAAGUGAGAAGUCAGCCGGGAUGAGCUGUAGCACAGCUCCAGGCUGCCAAGGACAGACAGAAAAGUCGCAAGUCGCCAUCCGUGAAGGGAAGAUGUUGGCCAUGACGACGUGCUGGGGCCUUCACAUCCGGGGCAGCCCAGGAAGCGUCCUUGGCGCACCGUUCCUUAGGGUGUGGGGGCCAGGCACCAUCCCAGGAGGAUACUCCGGAAGCCUCCGGUGCAGGGAGGGAAGGGGCCAGACAGGAAGCACAGUCCUCUGUUCCCAACACUGCGCCCGUGAGAAAUCACUGGCCCCAGGACAGUCAGGGACCACCACAAGCGCUGAACAGCUGUCUCUCAAGGCCACAUUGUACACGCUGUGAGUCUAUCCAGAAAAUAAAGGCUGAGGGGACAUGA